AUGAGAGAAUAUAAGAUAGUAGUACUUGGCUCAGGAGGUGUUGGAAAAUCCUGCCUCACGGUUCAAUUCGUUCAAGGUAUUUAUGUUGAAACUUAUGACCCUACGAUCGAAGAUUCGUAUCGCAAACAAAUCGAAAUCGACGAUAAAGUGAUUGAUCUAGAAAUAUUGGACACUGCAGGAGUACAGCAAUUUACAGCUAUGCGAGAAUUGUAUAUUAAAUCUGGAAAAGGUUUCCUCUUGGUGUACUCUGUGGAUGAUCCCAACUCGUUAAAGGAACUUGAGCGUAUCCGCGAGCAAGUUUUGCGAAUCAAAGACAAUUCAAAUAUGCCAAUAGUUUUGGUGGGAAACAAAUCAGAUUUGGUUGAAACCAGGAAGUUAACUCCGCAGGAUGGAAUUGAAAAGGCUGCUAAUUGGAACUGCUCUUUCUACGAGACUAGCGCCUUGAAUAAGUCAAAUGUGGAUAACGUUUUUGUCAAUGUUGUGGAACAAAUAAUUCGAAGAGAGGAAACAAAGACAAACGGAACUUCUACAGGUAAUCAAGCUUCUGUUCCACCAAAUGGACAGGGCAAAACUUCCAAUGACACAUCAAAAUCUUUUAAUACAAUAUCAGGAGUCCAUAAGGAUACGAAGACAGAUUCUGCCAACAAAAAAAGCCCCAAGAAAAAGAAGAAGAGAAGGUGUACAAUUUUAUAA